CCUUACAAUACCAAAAUACCAUAAUCUCUCCUUCUUUUCAACCUCAUCCAUUCCACAGAAUUUUCUUCUAUCAUAAGAACCAGAGAGAGAGAGAGAGAGAGAGACAGAGACCAAGAAAAGAGAAGUAAAGGAAACAAUGAUUUCUUUCAGUGAUCUAUACUGUGUCUUAACUGCAGUUGUCCCUCUCUAUGUCACUAUGUUCUUGGCAUAUUUCUCAGUGAAAUGGUGGACGAUCUUCACACCUGACCAAUGUGCUGGGAUCAACAGGUUUGUCGCCAUCUUUGCUGUCCCACUUCUCUCAUUCGAAUUCAUUUCUCGAAUAAACCCAUACAAGAUGGAUCUUCUCUUCAUUGCUGCUGAUGCAGUCUCAAAACUUCUAAUCCUCUUUGUGUUGUUCUCUUGGGCUAAAUUCUCUAAAAGAGGAAGUCUUGAUUGGGCCAUCACCUUAUUCUCACUCUCAACUCUUCCAAACACCCUUGUUAUGGGUAUCCCAUUACUCAAAUCCAUGUAUGGAGAUGACAAAGAAAGUCUAAUGAUUCAAGCUGUGGUUCUACAAUGUGUAGUUUGGUAUACUUUGAUGUUGUUCUUGUUUGAGUAUAGAGCAGCAAGGAAUAUUCUGAUACAGCAAAAGUACUUCAAUGGUACCAAUGGAAUUAUUAACACUGAAAGAAAUAUGGACAACCAUGGAGGAAUUCAAAAGCUUGGAGGUGGCAGUGUUGGUGGUGAAGAUGAGGUUGUCCAUGUUAUUGUAACUACGCCGCCUUUGGGUUCAGGAACAUCAGAUUCUGAUUCACAUUCAUUUCAGAAUUUCAAUAAGGUGGCGCCGGAUUCCAAAGGGUUCAACCCCAUAGUUACUGCAGCAGCAGCCGAAGAAGACGGUAAAGAGUUCCACCUAUUCAUUUGGAGAUGCAGGUGUUGCAAUUCUGAAGGUGUUUGUGAGCAGUCAGUACAAGCUUGCCACAAAGAAGAAGAGAACAAAACAAAAAAAAUUGAUGGAGAGGAAGUGGGUACUCCAGAAGCAAUAAAGGUUACUGAAUAUUCUUCUUCCAUCUCCUCAGAGAUGCUGAAGCAGAUCCUUAAAAUAGUCUGGUUUAAGCUUGUCAAAAACCCAAACUCUUAUGCAAGCAUACUUGGUCUGAGCUGGGCUCUUGCUUCUUGCAGGUGGGGCAUUAAGAAACCCCAAAUUCUUGAAAAUUCAGUCACAAUCUUGUCAAAUGCAGGACUUGGAAUGGCCAUGUUUAGCCUAGGUCUAUUCAUGGCAUUGCAACCUAAGAUCAUAGCUUGUGGGAAUAGAUUAGCAGCUUAUGGAAUGCUUGUGAGGUUUGUUGCUGGACCUGCUGUAAUGGCAGUUGCUUCAAUUGGGGUUGGACUUAGAGGCACAAUUCUAAGAGUCUCCAUUGUUCAAGCUGCCCUACCACAGGGAAUAGUCCCUUUCGUUUUCGCAAGGGAAUAUAAUCUUCACCCUGAUAUGUUAAGCACCGCGGUAAUCUUUGGAAUGAUUGUUUCCCUACCCGUCACAGUACUGUACUACAUCUUACUAGGCCUCUAAGCGACUACCACAAAAAGGC